AUGUUUCCACACAGGCGCCCACUUCCGACAUUCACUCUCGCGUUGUCAUCUCUCCCAAAACCAGACUCAUUGGAUGGCCGACGAGAUUCUCAAAGAGACAUCUUUUCUGGUUAUUACACGUCCUUAGUAGUACCUCGAGACUUAAUGCGCACUGUACAUCCUCAAUCUUGGAACGACUGUGGCUUUAUUAUUCCUCCCGUUCGUUGUCUACUCGACUUCCUUCGUCACGUCCUUACCUCCUUUAGUCUAAUGUGUUCAUACUGGAAGAUGAACUUGAGACAGAGACACUCUUCGAUGAUCAGGACGAACGUCUUUCUGUUUACUCAAACUCGGACUGUGGGAUUGGGUGGUGGCGGCGUAUCACCCAAAUCUAUCACAGGCUUCUCCGUCGUAAUUAUCGAACUCAUUAAAGCGGAACUCGACAUAUUUGGCCGUUGUUUAUCUUGA